AUGGACACUUCUUUUGGCACUUCAUCAGCUUCGGCAAUAGAAUCAGAUUUUAUUGGCAUGGAGUCGAAACGUGAGCAUGCAACGAAACUAUGUGCAAGAACUCCAGCUUUUGUGUCGCAACAGUUUCAGGAUGGAAGCGACCAACUGCGACAUAUAUUUGAAUCAGUUCCCAAUUCCCCAAUUCAUCCACCUUUUCAAAAGGAUAACUGGCAGCCUCCGUCCCUGUUUCAACGAAAGCACUCCGUAGCAAAUGAUGAGAGCAGCUUCUUCCGCCAUCAAAUGCCUUCGUAUAUGAGUUUAAUGCGACGAGGAUCAGCUCCUCAGCUGACUUUGCCUACCGAUUACAAUGUGUGUGUUGGAUGCCGCACAGCUUUGGCAAAUGCUGUCAUGAAACCUUGCAUGCAUGGUCUUUGUACCUCUUGUGCAAAGCUGUCUCGCACAGAAGCGUUGCAAAGAGGCAAUUGGUAUUCAGUCGUAUGCCCUCAAUGUGACUUGGCUACGAGUGAGCUACUACCUUUAGGCGGCUCUCCUUCACCAUACGAAUGCUCGCCAGUGCCCACUAGACCUCAACAGACAGCAGGCAUUCGAAGACUUACAGAUACCAUGUCUUUUCAAUAUAAUCAACCAAAAGUGGGUAGUGACUACAUUCAAACUACCGGCAAUACUAGCAUGAGCUUUAGUCAAUCCUCUGGCAACUGGCCAUGUGUAAAACUGAGCAAUAUACCUUGGGAUGUCUCUCAAGCAGACAUUGCGAAAUUUUUUUCUUGCUUCCAAAUCCCUUCCCCUUCCCUUUACAACCAGGCAAUUCAUGUCAUGAUGGAUCGAACUACUGGAAAAACACUCUCCGAUGCAUAUGUCGAAUUUGUGAGCUACAACGAUAUGCAGCGUGCGAUCGAGCAAUGUAACAUGCGACCACUUAAAGGGAGAAUAGUAGGGGUACAAGAAUGUUCACAGGAAGAGUUCCUCCGUGUUGUGUUCCCUAAAUGGCGCGGUAAAUUCAUUGGUACAACCGCAAUCCCACCUGAUGCGUCCGUGCUUCGUACUAUGUCGACAGCGGCAGGAGGAAAUGUUAGCGGUGCGUGCCCACCAUUUGUCACGAGAGAAGAGAUCAACUCUCUCCUUGUUGUAUGCAGAAACUACAAGCUGCAUUUUUCUAGAAAAUGUGCGGAGAGGCCAUUUGAAAAUAUCAUUACCGUGGUAACAAAGUACCCCUGGCAUCAAGCCCAUCUUAUCACCACGUUACAUAGAGAUCAUGUUUACGAAAUGCUGAAACUUGCUAUUGAAUCUUUGAAAACCCACUUGUCCAAGGAUUAUGUCCAAAUUGACUGUACCCUUUUGGAGCGCCUUGUUAGGUCCGGAAUAAUGUGUCCCGCAUUUACCGAGCGACAGAAAACUAUGCUUAUCGGUACAAGUGGCAUUCCGUGCCCACUGGACAUUGUGCACUUCAUGAUGCCCGCCAACUGCUUUUCCACCCCUACGGUAGCGAACAGCGCUAAUUCACCAAGACAAGACAUGUAUGAAGCAAAUCCCGCGCAACCGGUGUCCAAUCUGUCUUCCUUCUCGACUUUUGAGACAUCUCUACCAAGCCCCAAUCAUAUGUACAAAUGGAAACUUACAGAUACCGGAGCGAACGCAAACAUAGAAGACGAUGAUGACGCUUUGGACCAGACUUUGAGGAUGCUAACGGCCAGCGUCGCAAAUGUAUCUUUGGAAGGAAGCGAAUGUACAGAUAUGAACUUUUCAGACCUGGACGUAAGCUCAAGGACAAGCUCAUCUCCAGGGAGCGAACCUUCACCUAUUGCAGUAAAGUAUCGUGGCGACAAAUGUGGAGUUAUGGCGGCUGGUCCGCUGACGGUUGUGAAAGAUAAUAUAUGGGCCCAUCCAUAAGGGAAUACCACAGAG